AUGGUUAUGAAAAUUUUGAUGAAAGUAGUCCCCAAUAGCAGACCUGGAACUUCUGGCAGCGCCCAAAGGAAGAAAUCUAGCAAGAAUGAGCCCCAGGCAUCACACACUGUCACUGAUGCAAGACCUCCCAUUGCGUCCACUGUAGGAUCCACAACUGAAUCAACAAUAAGUAGCUUCCCAUCUAGACAUUGGCUAAAACCACUUCCUGCAAACUCAAACAUCCCUCAACAGUCAAAUUUUAUCGGUCUAACUGCUGAGUCUCCCCUCGUAUCUGAUGCCAACUCCAGAGUUGCUAGUGAAGUUUCUCAUAACUCCGUCAACAUCAAAACUCCAUUGAAUUACGAAUCAAUACUAGUUCCGGCCCCAGAUGUAUCUGGAAGUCAGGAGGAUAAUGAUUCUUCUAUUGUCAAUGAAAAUCCUGGUUACGGAAGAGUUAGAAAAAGAUGGGGAUUAUGGAGAUCAAGAUCUCCACACUCAGUCGAUGAGGAAGCCGACUCCCUAGUGGAUUGUUCGGGUCCCAACUGGUUUGUGCAAUUUUGUUCGGAGCACAAGAAAUUGUUAAGUAGCCUCUCAGUCGGUGCUUUCCUUUUAACGUCUUUCGUUCUAUAUUACACUGGAAACUAUGGGCUGUUGAUGUACGUUCUGAGAGCUUUAUUCUGUUACCUUACAGCAAAUGCUAUCACUAAUCUGUGUAGAACUUGA